AUGUACAGUAAACACAGGCAGAAAAAUGGCCAGACGUCACCGGCGACAUGUGCACGUUUGCUGCUCUUUUUUUCCGUGCUGCUGCUGAGCGGAGCUCCGGGAAGAGCCGGCGGACACACCGGGGACGAAGGGCUGAGGAGAGGAAGGACAGUGACGGCACAGUGGAUUUCUCAAGGCCGAAUCAAGAGGGAAGCUGAGACCCUGCCACAGGUAGAGUACCCAGUCAGAGGCGAAAUAGCACUCUCAUCCAACGACCUCAAACUGGUGCUUCAAGUUGAACGUAAUCAUGAGCUUUUAGGUCCAGACUUCACAGAGACCUACUACACAGACGAUGGGCAGCCGGUGACUGUGACCAAUCGCAAUUACACUGAUCACUGCUUCUACCACGGUCAUGUAAGAGGACAUCCAGAGUCCUGGGUAGCUCUCAGCACAUGCUCAGGAGUCAGAGGCCUGAUAUCCUUGAAUUCGAGCUAUACCUACUACCUGGAACCUGUCAGCGGUGUGGACCCUCUUCACCAUUCCCUGCUGAAUGCUGAGGACCUGCCAAUUAAGGGUGGAAACUGUGGCCACGGUCAUCACACUGCACAGUCCAACCAUUUCUCUGACCUGCUCAGACCAUUUCACUUAAGGGUUAAAAGGAAUGCCUGGGGCACCACUAAGUACAUGGAGCUGUACAUCGUGGCUGACAACACACUGUUUAAGCGGCAAAAUAAGGACUACGAAAAGACCAGGGCAAGGAUAAUGGAAAUUGCCAAUUACGUGGAUAAGUUCUAUAGGGCUCUGAACAUCCGCGUGCCUCUGAUCGGUCUGGAGGUUUGGACCGAGAGGGACCAGUGUAUCGUCACAGAGGAGCCGAACGCCACCCUCUGGUCUUUUCUGCAGUGGAGACAGAAGCUGAAGUCGCGCAAGAAACAUGACAACGCACAGCUGCUCACUGGUGUGAUUUUCAAGGGGACAACUAUCGGCAUGGCACCGCUGGAGGGGAUGUGCAGCCUGGAAAACUCUGGAGGCAUCAACGUGGACCACUCAGAGCUGUCCAUUGGUGCUGCUGCCACAAUGGCCCACGAGAUCGGCCACAACUUCGGUAUGAGCCACGACCACGAGGGCUGCUGCGUCGAGGCCUCGGCUGAGCAGGGCGGCUGCGUCAUGGCUGCUGCCACCGGGCAUCCAUUCCCCCGAGUCUUCAGUCGCUGCAGCAAACGGGACCUGGACAGCUACUUCCAGAAGGGAGGGGGCAUGUGUCUCUUCAACAUGCCCAACAUGAAGGACCUGGUCGGGGGCAAGAAGUGCGGCAAUGGCUUUGUGGAGGACGGAGAAGAAUGUGACUGUGGAGAACCUGACGAAUGCACCAACGACUGCUGCAAUGCCAAUAAUUGCACCUUGAAGGCAGAGGCUCAGUGUGCCCACGGAGUGUGCUGCGAGGGCUGCAAAUUGAAGCAGGCGGGUACCAUGUGCCGGGGGCCAGCGGGGGCGUGUGACCUGCCAGAGUACUGCACGGGCGCCUCUCCCUACUGUCCCGCCAACGUCUACCUGCUGGACGGCUCCUCCUGUCAGUACGGAGUCGCCUACUGCUACAACGGCAUGUGCCUCACCCACGAACAGCAGUGCCUGGGGCUUUGGGGCUAUGGAGCUCGGCCCGCCCAUGACGCCUGCUUCGAAGACGUCAACGCUGCAGGAAACGCUUUCGGAAACUGUGGGAAAGAUGAGCAUGGCAACUACAUGAAGUGUGCAAAGAUCGAUGCCAAAUGCGGCAAGAUUCAGUGCCACAGUGCUGCCAAAAAGCCCAAAGGCACCAACGCUGUUUCCAUUGACACCACCAUCAGGACAGAUGGCAUCGAGGUGAAGUGUCGCGGGACCUACGUCUACAGCACCCAGGAUGGCCAGGGCGACCUGCCUGACCCCGGCCUCGUCAUGACCGGCACCAAGUGCGGAGAGGGCAAGGUGUGCCGAGACCGCCGAUGCCAAAAUGCCUCUUUCGCCGAGCUGGAGACAUGCAUCGCACGCUGUCAUGGCAAUGGGGUGUGUAACAGCAAUGGGAACUGCCAUUGUAAUCGAGGCUGGGCACCACCCUUCUGUGAGAAGACAGGACUUGGCGGCAGUGUGGACAGUGGACCUAUCCAGUAUGACAGUCAGGUUGGGCUGGUGGUGGGGCUCCUGUUUGCCUUCCUCGUCAUCCUGCCUGCAGUGCUGCUGCUCUUCUACUGCUACAGGAUCAAGACGUCCUACUACCACAAGUGGCUUUCCCAGAGAGAGAAGAAUAAGAGCAACAAGACGGAGGCGUCAGUGGAGAAGGGGAAGAAUGGCCAUCUGAAUCCUGCCUUUCACCUGAAGGUGGUCGGACCAAUCAACAAGGCGAGCAGCCACAAGGGGCUUCCUCACACCAGCAAAGAGGUCCUGCCGCUCAGACCAGGCCUGGUGCCCAAUGGCACUCAGCCAGUCAACAUUGUGCGACCUCUGAGACCCGCCCCGUCUCCCCAGGGUGGUACCCGGCUCCUCAAGGCGGUUCGCCCUCCACUGCCAGCUGGCAAGCCCCCAGCUGCCCCACCCAAAUCCCCCCAGACCCCACAGAGGCUCAGCCCGCCCAAGAAGCCUCUGCCCCUCAACCCAACACGCUCUCCACUGCUGGUGUCUGAGCUGCAGCCCAGAUCGUCCCCCUUCCCUCCUCAGAGGCCUCUCCCCCUCAGCCCAGCCAGAGGGUCCUCCCCCACAGUGAGUCGAGGCCUGACUGUUGUCUCCAAACCCUCCCCAGGCCUGCUGGUCAUGAUGCCGCCAGCGGUGGGACCCAAACCUGUGAGCAAAGUCUCAGCCAUACCCCCUCUCAGAGCUCUCAGACCGGUCCCAGGUGCCAAACCAAACACAGCCUCGCCGCCGGCACGAAAAUGACCUUCUCCUCCCC